GCUAGUUCACACGAGGUCACACAAGGUCACACCCUGGAGCGGCGAAACCACGCGUAUUAUAUCUGAUAGACAAAACUGAAAAAGCAUCAUUAUUACCUCAGUGAUGGCGGGGAUAGCAUCCAAACUGCAGCACGACCGGGAGAAGGCGCAGGGCAUCGGUUCCAACGCGCGGGCGGUCAAAUAUCUCGGUCAGGACUUCGAGGCGCUGAAAGCCAGUUGUCUUGAACGCGGGCAGCUUUUUCAAGAUGAGCUUUUCGAAGCGAUCCCCGCGUCUCUUGGAUUCAAAGAUCUUGGACCAAAUUCUAGUAAAGUUCGUGGUAUCAAAUGGAUGCGACCGAUGGAGUUGACCUUUAAUCCCCAAUUUAUAGCUGGAGGGGCCACCAGGACAGACAUCUGCCAGGGGGCACUGGGUGACUGCUGGCUGUUAGCAGCUAUAGCUUCUUUGACUCUCAACAAACAGGUGUUGUCCCGGGUGGUUCCCAACGGACAGAGCUUCGACAAGGAUUAUGCUGGCAUCUUUCACUUUGAGUGGAGUUUUGAGGACUUCACCGGGGGCAUCGCUGAGGUCCAUGAAUGUGAGGAACGCUGGACCGAAACUCUUCAAGAUCAGGUCAGGAAAGCUCUGACCAGAGGCUCCCUGCUAGGCUGCUCGAUCGAUAUCAGUAACCUAGCUGACUCGGAGGCCAUCACGUCUAGUAAGCUGGUGCGGGGUCAUGCCUACUCUCUGACUGGAGCAGAACUGGUGUCGUACAGAGGAGACUCCCUGCAGCUGGUCAGGGUGCGUAACCCCUGGGGACAGGUGGAGUGGACUGGAGCCUGGAGCGACAACUCCUCAGAGUGGCACCAUGUAAGUGAUGAAGACCGGGCCAGACUGAUCAACAAAUCUGAAGAUGGAGAGUUCUGGAUGUCGUUCUCAGACUUCCUCAGUCAGUACUCGCGUCUGGAGAUCUGUAACCUUACACCGGACACCCUCUCAGAGGAUGAGUACCAGAAUUGGGCCCUGAACAAGUUUGAAGGCGCCUGGAGGAAAGGCUCCACAGCCGGGGGCUGCCGCAACUUCCCCAGUAUGGACCCUGGACCUUCUCUUCUGUCUACGUCUUACUGA